UAAUAACGCAAAGGACAUAUUAGCAUCAGCUUUCCCUUUAAUACAAUGACUUGUACAACAGGAGUAGAAGAACUGAAAGAAAUAUUACGAAUAUAUACAGGCGCUGAUAACAAAAAGAUAUUAAGAGAAAUUGCCCCCUUUGCAACUUUAUUUUCCCUAGUCAUUUAUGCUAUUUUACUCAUUCAGGAUGGUCAUCAUUUUUUGAUCUUUCUUAUCCUUGGAUUUGGAUUAGGAGCUUUUUAUUUUAACAAAGCAGAAAGUAAACUGAAAAUAGAGGAAUAUGAACGAAACUUGAACUUUUUGGAACAACAAGAACAAUUUAGUAAUACUUAUGAGCCUGAACAGAGUAUCGAACUCUAUUAUCCACCUUUAACUACCGUUAUUAAUCAAUUAUUAGACUAUGUUAUGCGUGAUUUUAUUGCUAGUUGGUGGACCCCAUUAAAUGAAUAUAAAGAUCCUACAUUUGAAAAGGUGGCGAGAGAAAGACUGAAUAUUGUGUGUCUAAACCUUCAAAAAAUUCUAUUAAAUCAAGAAAGAAAUGAUAUCGUCAUGUCUACUUUAUAUGGUGUAGCAAAUACUCUUAUUAUUCAUAUGAGAGAGUGUAGAGCUUUUGAAGAUUCAAAAUUAACAAUAGAGGAAUACGUCUUGAGCAAUCCCCAAUCUCCUUUUGCACAAUUAUUGUCUAAAGAAAAACAGCAUAAACAAUUAAGAGGACUUAGUCACCUAUUUUUAAAGAAAACACUUCCAACUCCAGAUAGAGACUCACAUUUGUUAAUGAGUUUAUUUACAGAACUAUUGGCUAUAUUUGUAUUUGGAAAUGUAUUGGACAGUUUAAGUGAUCCUGAUUUCCUUAAUUGUUGGAUCAUAGAUUUUCUUUCAGAUAAAGAAAAGACAGUAACGAUUGCAUCUACUCUCUCUGAUACGAUCCUAAAGGAAGAGUUGAAUAAAAACAAUAUACCUAGUAGACUUUCAGAAGAAUUUACCAACGAGGAUUGUUCGAUAAUAACUGUAAAUAAUAAUGGUGUAAUUCAAAAAUCAACUACUUUAGAAGAUAAUAAUAUAAAUAACAUCGAACAACCUACUACGCCAACUGAUACCUUUCAAUUAAAUAGGAAACCAACACCUAUUAUAACAGCAGUAGAAAAGAAUCAUGAAAUCACCCUUUUAGCAUCUUUACAAUCUCCUCCUUCUCAUGUAUUGCAAUCACCAUUAGGACCGCCUAUGAUGAUCUUUCAACCUGGUUCUGUUAAUUUUACUAUUAUGGAUAUAUCAGCUCCUCAAUCAAAUGGUCAAUUCAUCAAUAAAUCAGAGCUUAUUUAUCUUGUUCAAAUUGAAAGACCCGCUAUGGAAGAUCAUGCUAGUUCUGAAGGUGGUGGCUAUGUGAUUACGAGAACGUAUAGCGACUUUGAAGGCUUUAACACUAUUUUAUAUGCAAGACAUACAAAACGAGCUACUAAACUUCAAUUAAAACUUCCAUUAGAUAUAGCAUUCAAGUCAUGGUUAAAAAAGUCUUCAUCCUAUCAACAAAAGAAAAAAAUGCCUCUAGAUAAAAUAAGUGAAGAGUUAGAAAAAUACAUUCAUCUUGUUGUAGAGGAUAAUGAACUAGGAACAGAUCCAAUUAUUUUAUCCUUCCUUAGAAAGGAGACGCGAUCAGAUAUAGCAGAGGAUGGUGGAGGUAGGGUUGUAUCAUUUUCAGAAGAAUUUAAAGAUGAAGUUGCGAUGGCCCAUUCCUUUUUAACUACCAAUACAUCGAAAUCUUUAUUUUCUCGUAACAGUAGCAGUAGUACUCUAAACAACCUUAUCACUAGCAAUAGUGUCGAAUCAUUUCAUACCAAGAUAGAUAAUCACAGUAGUAUCACCUCAGGAGGAGAGAGAGUUAGUAUAGAUCAAGAGAGUCCAAAAUGGUUUGCACCAAAGGCAAAGAGUCGAAAGGAUUCAAUUUCAAGUAUUCAAAGUAAUUUAUCCAAAGACACCUCUUCAAUUACAACAAGAGAAGAAAGUGAUAAUGGACAAAGUGAAGAUAACGUAGUAGGAUUAUCUAUCCAUUAUCUUGAAUUAGAACAAGAAGGAGAAGAAAAAGAAAAAGUGAAAAAACCCCAAAAGGCAACGAUCACUAAACACAAAGAUAAUCAUACAUUCAGUAACAAUAAUAAAGCCCUAUCUUCAAUGGAUGUUGAACUUUUGAUUGAAACAACCUAUGCACUUAUUAUCGAGAUAUUUAAUCUUACUAGUUCUAACAAUAAGGCGUGGAUGCGAAGAUCUAUUUUAAAUUUAUUAAGAGAGAUCGUACGACGUUCCUAUUCCGAAUUUAUCUCUGAACAAUAUACUGAUUUUGUGAAUGAAUACAUGUCCUCAGAUGCCAUUGUACAUGUAUUAAAUCAAUUAGGAGAAAAAUUCUGGCCAGAAGGUAAAUGGAUAUUAGAUGGUAAAGAACAAAUGAAACGUACAGAUGAAGAUAAAGAAAAGAGUAAACAGCAAGCAAGGGAUUUACUAAUGACUGGAUUAAUUCCAAAUGCAGUAAGGCAAUUAAUUGGUGAUCAAAACUGUAAUAAAGCAAUGGAUCGAAUUUGGGCUCGUUGUCAAGACCCUGAUUUAAAUAGGGUUCUUAUUCUUCAACUAUUAGAACGUAUCAUAAAACCAAUUUUAGGUUAAAUAAUUGCAUAAUAAUAAUAAUAAUAAUAAAGGAGAGUCACAUAAUGAUAAAAUAAAUGAACGUAA